AGCGGUACCGGCGCGGCACCGGGCGCGGCACCGGCCCGGCGUCUCUGUCACAUGGCUAAAUAAGGGUGUAGAAGGUUCCGUUUGCCCUUAAAACACGCGACAGCGAGACACAAGUAUUAGGCUUAAAGUUAUCUUAGUAACUGCGAGAAAGAGGAACACAAAUCCCGGGACAAAGGUUAGCUAACCGUGUGACUGCCGCCCGCAGGGAAGUUUCGCUUCUUCGUUAAGUUUUCUCGGAUGCCUGUUCCUGUAAACGCCGCUUGUUUACGCGACUGUUGCUGCUGAAAGGAAGCGCGUAGGGCACUGCUUGAAGCUGUCAUUUGGUGCAGGCUCAGUAUUAAUCGUUUCGUGGCUGUUUUCAACUGCGCAACAAGUUCUUAACUCUCCGGUUGUUGUUUUGGCGUGCGGUGUGAACAGCUGACUCACCGACUGAAGGCCGGGCGUCAGCGGGACACUGACGCCGCUGAGCGGAUCAAAGCCUCUCGAAUCGCCGUCAAGAUCCCCCAUGGGUUGACCCCCUACGCUGUUUGAACAUGAUCGGGUCACCGGACCUGCUGGCCUUCACCGGCACAGAGGGAUUUGGAGAAGGGGAAGAGGACCAGGAGGCUCAGGGUCUACCUGAAGAUCUCUCUGUCCCCCUUUUCCCUCCCUCCAACCCCUGGACCACCUGCGCCCAGUUUCACAGAGACUUCAUACUGGUGGCUGAGUUCUCAGAGCAGGUGGGUCCAAAGCCUGUGCUGACGAUACCGGACGACCCCAGAGUCAUCGGCUCUUUCGACCUCAACCACUUCUCUGUUCGCAUCAUGUCUGUGGAUUACCAGGCGUCCGGCCCCGUCCACACCUCUCAUUCUUCCCCGGGGCCCCGCCUCAACUUCAGUGAGGACUCCAAAGUGAUCCUGGGAGACUCAGCAGAGGACGCUUUUGCAUAUGUUCACCACGUGACCCUGUACGACCUGGAGGCUCGGGGCAUGGUGCGUCCGUUCUGUAUGGCCUACGUGUGCUCGGACCAGGCAAAGCUGAUGGAGAACUUCGCUGAACUGGCGACGUGCUUCUCUCAGGCGUCUGACAGCCUCAAGACGGGAAACAGACAGGCGUUUUCUAUGGAGCUGCAGAGAAAACUACAAGAGCUCGAGUACACACGAGUGACCUUGCAACAGGAGAGAGAACACCUGACGACGGUUAAUGGGUUCACAGGAGUUGGGGAAAAAGCCGGGGAUCUCGAAGCUGUGGAGCGUUCGAUCUUAAACCACAGAGACCUCCUUCGUCAGGUCACAUCCUACCCCAACAGGAAGCUCAAACAGCCCGACUUUCUGCCCUACGAUCCGGCUGACUCCCUCACUGAUCCUACUGCGCUGCUGCCUCCUGAGCCCAGUCCCUCCACCUCCACCUCCACCGCCUGCAGAUCCGAGCACCGUCUGAAGGCGCUGCAGGAGCUCUGCAACGCCUACUUCCUCUCCUUAAUGAAGGAGCAGCUGGCAGACACAGUGCGCCGCCUUCGUGGUGACAAGAGUGUCUUGCGAACUGCUCGCAUCUCACGUUCGCUCUCCAGGAGGCUCACGCUCACCAACUUCCUGUUCGAGCUGUGGAGCCCAGAGGACGUAGAGGAGGAGGAGAGGGGGAGCGCUGAGGCAGAGCUACAGAGGGCGACGGGGAGUAAGAGCGCCGCCGAGGGGGUCCAGUCAGAACCCAUGAGCCUGGAGUCGUUCUGCUCCUGUGUGGAGGAGAUCCCGAUCAAACUGGAGGCAGGAGACGCUGGGACUGUGACCCCUGACCCCAGGGUUGCCACGGAGAUGACAGGAAGCGUGAGCAGCGACGACAGCAUUGAAGUGCUCGGGACUGAGAAGUCUUAUCGGACGCAGCAUGCCGUCUCUGCAUGUGACAGCAGAGAAACACCGGUUUUGCCGAUGGACACCUCUGUCAGGCGAGCAGCAGUGGACGCAGGUGUCAGACGUAUGCGGACGUACGCCAGGCGAGCCAACAGCGAGGACAGCAUCGAGGUCCUGAGCACCACCGAGUCCAUCUUUCCGGACGACCUCACCGCCAUCACCGAGGAGGAGGCGGAGCAGCAACCUCUGAGCAAUGGCUUCGACAACGAGGCAGAAACACUGACCGAGUGUAAAUCUGACCACAAGGAAGAGAAAACACUGAAUGCAGCUACUUUAGGAAAUGGAAAUGAACUGCCUACUCAGAGAGAUGGAGGCUGUGUUGAUAAAGAAGAGUCUUUAAAGCAAAUAACUGUUAGUGACGGCUUCAUGAUCAAAGAGGAACCAGUCAACGAGUGUUUGAAGGAGAAUCAAGUCCAUAAAGACAACAGUCCUGAGAAGACGUCCAAAACACUGCAAGUUGAAGAAGCAGUGGAGUCGAUGCCAAAGUGUUCUGAAGCCCAUCAGACGGUGAAGUCCGUGCCUGACCUCCAUGUGAACUUCGCGCCUCCUGUUGCCCUGGCGGAGGUUGACCAUUGGUCUCCGCCCUGCGCUCCCCUCAGGCUGCUGAGCAUCGAUGAAGCGUCUGACUGCGCCAGCUUCACGGGCUCCUCGGAUCCCCCCACUCCCACCCAACGUAUCCACAGCAACACCCGUUUAGAUGAGAGGAGGAGAAGGAAGGCUGGACUCAGGGCCCUCAGGUUCCUCAAACAGAACUCGUUCUCCCAGCAUGCUGUGUUUUGUCUCCUGAGCGGCCGGCCGCUGGUUGUCAUAGGAGGAGACGAGAAUUUGGUCAGGAAGCUGGUGGACGCUCUGAGUCUCUUCCUGCCUGCCCCUGGUCCUGAUGGAAAUGCCGUGAUGCCGUGUCUGUCCACAGCACUUCAGCUGACCGACCUGCUCACCUGGAGACUGAUAGGAAUACACAGAUCAUCCUCCAGCUCUUCGACCAGCAUUAUUCACUCUCUGACUCGCUACAGUCGUUAUUUGGCGCUGCUGGACCUGGACCAGAGGACUCUGCGCUCUCCGUCGUACUCUGGCUCUCUCAUUGGCAGAAUGGCUGAUCCUCACACUGGCAUCAGCCGAGGCAUCACAUACCUGCUUUACCUGGAGAGCUGCCUGACGGCGCUGUCCAACCAGGUUCUGCUGUACACAUUCAAUCCUGCUUUACAACGUCCACGCGCUGCUCGAGGUAAGGAGGGCGAGGAUUUUCUGUUUAAACGAGGAGUCUGCAGCAGUGAAAAUGAUUUGAGCGUGAUGAAUUUCCUGUCUGACCUCAUCAAACAGCGCCACGCAGGACGUGGACUGCCGGUUUUAAGGUUCUCUUAUAUCUCGACGCAGCUCCACAGAAAUACAUACACAACAUAGACUCUGGAUGAACAAAAGAUUGUAACACCUACAACGAAACGCACUGAUCCUCAUCUGCUACUGUGAACACGUUAAGACAAAAGAAUCACACUGGUAACGUUUUUAUCUGCAGUUUUUAGGUCACGUGUCGCUGGAUUACUGUACAUUAGUGCACUUUUACAUGCUGGCAGUAUUAGAAGUUGUUUUUGUUUUUAUAUAUAUAUAAAAUGCAGGCUUAUCACUGGAUCACAUGUAAUUUAAGAUAACUAAGCCACAUUGAGCCACACCCUUCUGUAGAUCUGUGAGUACUGUGAAGGCAGCGUAGUACUGAGGCUUAUGGAUGUUGUAUUUUAGUGCUUCAGUUCUUCUUUACUGUAAUAAAAACUCUGCCAUCUAGCUUUGAACCAGUUCAGUUCAGUUUAGAAUGGGUUCAGGGUUUCAGGGCUUAACAUCAUUGCUCUGUUAAAACAAGCACUCGAACUGGAUGUUACUUCAAGUUCCAUGCAGGACGUCCAAUUCCAAUUCAUGCCAGAUGGUAAAGAACAGUUUUUAUUUUUUUGAAUAGGUUUUUCAGCUUAAAGUUCAGAUCUUUCACUAAAGCAAAGGCAUCAAUACCACAAUGUAAAAAUAUUCCAUUACAAGUAUCAAAAUCAAAAUCUCACUUAAGUACAGAAGUAUUAUCAGCAGACUAAUUUUGCUGUUAUUUGUGAAAUAUUGUUUAGAGGGGAAAGUGUCUUUUAGAUGGAACUGCUAACAAAUCACUAGUUUCAUAUUUUUAAUAAUGCAUUAUUUUUAUAAGCUUACCAAAUUAAAAAAAGGAAAUAACAGUUAUUACAUAAAUGCAGUGGAGUUAAAAGUACAAUACUCUGUCUGAAAUAUAGUGGAGUAGAAGUUUAAAGUAGCAUAGAAUGGAUAUAAACGAGUAAACUUGUACCCUAAUAAGAACAGUACUAGAGCAAAUUUACUUCAGUACUUUCCAUCACUGAGCAUUAUACUGCAGAAUUAAACUGCAUGUACAGCAGGUUUUAGUUGAACCUCAGUGAAUACAAGUACACUUAAAACAACAUCCAUCUGAUUUGUUCCCAGUGAUGGAAAGAAACUAAGUACAUUUACUCAAGUACAGUACUUGAGUGAUUCCAUGUUGUGCUACUUUAUUCUUUUGGUCCACGACAUACAGGGAAAUACUGUACUUUUUCCUCAACUACAAUUGGAAACAAAAUAUAAUCAACAAAGGAAUAAUGUGUUAUUAUAGAUUACGCUACCUCAGAGUAUAUUAUUUAAGCCCCACCUUUACUACUGUGUGUUUAAGUAAACUCUUGAAUGUUUAACUUUCACUUGUAACAGAGUAUUUCUGCACUGUGGUAUUGCUUUUACUUAAGUAGACAGGUUUAAGAACUUGGAUUUUAAAGUCUAAACAGAUUCUGAAGCAGCACAACAUCCUCCUUCUGUUUAACACUGUACUUUUAUGGUUGUUACUUUAAUGAUGCAAAUAUGAGCCGAUUUGAGCGUUUGUAUAUUUACUCAGAAAAUAAAGUUGUAUUUUACACUGGAA